UCCUCUGUCGAUGACAAACGGUUCGCACUCGCCCCAGAGUAGCAGUGGAGAUUUCAGCGCUCCAGUUGAUGGCAAUUGAUUCUCUGGAGCAGUUGCGAAUCGUUUUCUCUCCUGCUGGCACAAGACACGCCACUUACCUUGCUUACCAACCUCAUCUUGAUUGACAUUAUUUCUCAACUACCAAGUAGCCUAGCCCAUCAUGGUAACUGCAGUUCUUGGUCUACAGUUUUUACGCAUUGGGGGGCUUGCAAGAAAACUAAAACUUCUGUUUUCUCGUGUUUGCUGUUACAGUUAAAUAUCAUGCAAGCUUAUGUCGCUUGGAUCCUCAUGUAUGGAAUGACAGCAGGAACUUCGUUCAACGUCUCAGAGGAGAAGACGAACUGCCCCCUAGGAUAUUUUCCUUGUGGCAACCUGAGCAUGUGCCUGCCCCAGCUCAUGCACUGCAACGGUGUCGAUGACUGUGGAAAUGAAGCGGACGAGGAGAACUGUGGAGAUAACAAUGGAUGGCCCCAUCUUUUUGACAAGUAUUUUGGGAUGCCCAACAUCGACAUCGGGACCAAGUCCGAAAAAUGUUUGCUGGUGGCUGUUCCAAAGCUGUGUCAGUGCAGAGAUCUGGAGCUGGACUGUGACGGUGCCCAGUUUCACCAUGUCCCAGCCGUGUCCAUUAACGUCACCAUGAUGUCCCUGCAAAGGAACCGACUUCGGAUAUUGAACGGUGACAUAUUCUAUAAGUACCAGAGUCUUCAGAAACUAUAUCUACAACAUAACAGAAUUCGAGCUGUGAGUCCUAACGCAUUCAGAGGACUAUACAAUCUAACAAGACUAUAUUUAAGCUAUAACAAGAUAUCCAUCCUGAUGCCCGGGGUGUUCCAAGAUCUACACAAGCUGGAGUGGUUGAUCCUUGAAAACAACAGUAUCCAUCAGAUAUCCCCCAUGACCUUUUCAGGCUUGCGUUCGUUGGUACUCCUGGUUUUGUUGAACAACGCUCUGACAAAGCUGGAUGACAUCUGCCUGGAAAUGCCAAGACUAAACUGGCUGGACAUGGAAGGAAAUCAAAUUGAAAGUGUCGGAAACGUAACAUUCUGGUCGUGCAACAUGAUGACUGUGCUUGUCCUACAGAAGAACAGAAUCAGUCGCAUACAUGAACAGGCGUUCUCAUUUCUAAAGAAACUUGGGGAAUUAGAUCUGUCCAGCAACAGACUCGUGGCAAUCCCUCCCAAUCUCUUUGUUCAUCUGGGAGAUUUACUACAGCUGAACAUCUCGUGUAACCCUAUCGUGGAUCUCCAAGUUGACCACUUUGAUAAUUUGCAUAAAUUGAAAUCAUUGAGCAUAGAGGGAAUCGAGAUUGGGAACAUACAACGAAGGAUGUUUGAACCACUCAAACAAUUGACCCACAUUUACUUUAAGAAGUUCCAGUACUGCGGCUACGCCCCUCACGUGCGCAGCUGCAAGCCCAACACGGACGGCAUCUCAUCCUUCGAGGACCUCCUGGCCAACAUCGUCCUGAGGGUUUUCGUCUGGGUGGUGUCGGCCACCACGUGCUUCGGCAACAUCUUCGUCAUCUGCAUGCGCUCCUACAUCCGAUCAGAGAACAAGCUCCAUGCCAUGUGUAUCAUCUCCCUAUGUUGUGCCGACGGACUGAUGGGCGUUUACCUCUUCAUGAUUGGUGCCUACGACCUCAAGUUCCGCGGUGAGUACAACCGCCACGCCCAGGCCUGGAUGGACAGCGUCCAGUGUCAGGUGAUCGGCUCCCUCGCCAUGCUCUCCACCGAGGUCUCCGUCCUCCUUCUCACCUACCUUACCCUGGAGAAGUACAUCUGUAUCGUCUACCCCUUCCGGUAUUUAACCCCUGGCUGCCGGCGCACUGUCUCGAUCCUUCUGAGCAUCUGGUUUAUUGGCUUCAUCAUCGCCUUCCUCCCCCUGGUAUUCAAAGGAUUGUUCAGGAACUUCUAUGGUACCAACGGCGUGUGUUUUCCGUUACACUCAGAGCAGCCUGAGACAACGGGGGCGCAGGUGUACUCCAUCGUCAUCUUCCUGGGCCUGAACCUGGUUGCGUUCCUUAUAAUCGUACUGUCCUACGGGAGUAUGUUCUACAACAUCCAGAGGACAGGGACACAGACAACAAAAUAUAGUAACCACAUCAAAAAGGAGGUGACCAUAGCCAAGAGGUUCUUUUCCAUCGUCAUCACCGACUCUCUUUGCUGGAUACCCAUAUUUGUCCUCAAGAUUCUAUCACUGUUGCAGGUGGAAAUUCCAGGAACCAUCAGCUCCUGGGUGGUGAUCUUCAUUCUGCCCAUCAACAGCGCCCUCAACCCCAUCCUGUACACCCUGACCACACGGCCAUUCAAAGAGACCAUCCUCCAGGUGUGGGCCAACUACAGGCAGAGGAGACCUCUGAUGAGCAACCACACAGCCCACCAACCCUCAUUCACGUUGCAGGAGAUGUGGCCUCUCCAAGAAAACAGCCAGACCCUGACUUCGCCUGGCGACUACCUGGCGAAUCCCUCAAAAAUAUCCUGCACGUCUCAGCUACUGCCCGUGGAAAGAACAAACGGUGUAUAAUGCCCUUCGGUUUCAACAAUUCAUGUGGGUUCAUGUGAAUGGUACGUUUACAGCAUGUUGACGGUUGUAGAGUCGAUUAACAUUUUGCACUGUGAUUUGUACAGACAAAGGAUCUCAUUGUACACGUUGGACUAUGUGCAAUUCUACUCUGCUGACGCUUAGACUUUGGCUUUGUGAAUGGCUUCAGUUUGAUGUGAUUAUUAACAUACUUAUUCCUAAAAACAUAAAUCACACCCGUGAGCAUUCAUUUCUGUAUAGUAGAUUGCUCCUGAUGUACUGGAGCCUACAGACUGUGUACAGUAUUGUAGAGAAUAAAGCAAUCACUGUCAUUCUCUGUUCUGGACUGGGAUUGGUCAUGUACAGUCCAGUCAAAAGUUUGGACACCUACUCAUUCAAGGGUUUUUUAUUAUUUUUUAAAAUGUUCUACAUUGUGGAAUAAUAGUGAAGACAUCAAAACUAUGAAAUAACACAUAUGGAAUCAUGUAGUAUCAAAAAAAGUGUUAAAUCAAAAUAUAUUUUAGAUUCUUCAAAGUAGCCACACUUUGCCUUGAUGACAGCUUUGCACACUCUGGCUUCCACACAUAGCCUACAAGCCAUUUUAAAAUUAGUAAUAAAUCCAUGUAAUAUAGCCUACACCUUCACAAAAAAACUAUUUAUGUAUGUAUUUUAGACUGGUCUAAAGAAACAUGAUAUGAAGACAAUCUUGUCUUUUUCAGAAGAAAAUAAUAGCAUACUUUGAGUUGUCCUGAUGUGGCUAUGGCUGUGGGCUACACUAGUUAAUUUAGAAAACUAUAGUAUGAAGAACACAACUGAAUAAAAUAUAAAUAUUUUCUCCAAAUGAUGUGAGGAGUGAGCACAUGCGGCUAUUCUGUGUUGAGCGGUUAACGAAGAAAUAAGUACUCCUAUAUGUUUAAUUUAGAGUUAUUACUGUAACUUUAGUUGUUCGGCUUUAGUUGUUUAGUGGCUUUAGUUGUUAAUACAUUGUAAGGCCACAUGAUGAAAGUCACUUGAAAGGCAUGAGCUCUGCUUUGUUUUUACGCAGGCUGUACACAAGCCAAUGGUCUCUCAUUCACAAUUUGACAAGCACUUGAUAAUGCCUCGAAUUUCACAGCGGCAUCCCCUUUGUGGCCGUAUGCACCCUAAAAAAAAUCUAUAUCCUUUGUGGCCCGGAGUGUUGUGUUAUGCCCUUCUCCCCUGAGUGUACACGGCUCUCCGUCACGUGAUCGGGUCUUUCUCACAGGCUACAAGUUAAGACACACACAUCGGGGACGCAACAACUUAUCCAAUUCCAAGGUGCAUUUUGAAGAUAUUGGAUGUCCACAUUUACUUUGUCAGCCAACAAGAUGAGUAGGCCUAACGAACAGCAAAAGCACUAGCGUAUGUAAAUCUACUAUCCCCCAUAGUACAAAAGUUGACCUAUUCCAUUCUGUGCAAGAAAUAAAUAUUCCAAACAGUCUGGGACAGUUGUGGGAUGCGAUAGAUCCCAAAUUAAUACAACCACUAGCAUCAAAAAACCUUUUUUAUGCAAUGUGGCUGACACAACAGAUUAGAACGUUUAGCUUAAAAUGUUGAUAAACUAUUAGGCUAUUUCUUCACAUUAUAAGCGCAGCAAUGAACACAUAAGCGUGAAUGUUCCACUAGCGGAAAACACCCGUUAUCAAAAGUGACUGCAAAUGCAAUUAUGCAUGUAAUGCUUUCAUUAUAAAAGGUGAAUUUCUAUGGUGAAAAUGUUCUUCCCUAAACUUGAAACUCACCCACUGCUUAUAUAAGCUAGUUAGGCUCUACACCCCUUGUAAUCGGAUUAACUUCUCUAGGAUAGGUGGGAUGGUAGCGUCCCACUUGGCCAAAAUCCAGAAAAAAUGUAGCGCGCCAAAUUCAAAUAUAUUACUAUAAAAAUCAAUCUUUCAUGAAAUCACACAUGAAAGACACCAAAUGAAAGCUACACAUGUUGUGAAUCCAGCCAACAUGUCUGAUAUCAAAAAGGAUUUACGGGGAAAGCACACAAAACAAUUAUGUUAGCUCAGUACAUAGACACAGAAAAACACAGACAUUUUCCCAGCAAAAGAUAGUAACAAAAACCAGAAAGAGAUAAAAUGAAUAACUAACCUUUGAACAUCUCCAUCAGAUGACACUCAUAUGAAAUCAUGUUACAGAAUACAUUUGUUUUGUUCGAUAAUGUUCAUAUUUAUAUCCACAAAUCUCGGUUUACAUAUGCCUCCAAAAUAUCCGGAGUAAUUACAGAGAGCCACGUCAAAUAACAGAAAUACUCAUCAUAAACUUUGAUGAAAGAUACAUGUUUUACAUAUAAUCAAAGAUACACUUGUUCCUAAUGCAACCGCUGUGUCAGAUUUGUAAAAAUAAUUACGUGAAAAGCACACCAUGCAAUAAUCUGAGACGGCGCUCAGAUAGUAACAACAUUUCUCCGCCAUGUUGGAGUCAACAGAAAUACGAAAUUUCAACAUAAAUAUUCCCUCACCUUUGAUUAUCUUCAUCAGAAUGCAGUGCCAGGAAUCCUAGUUCCACAAUAAAUCGUUGUUUUGUUCGAUAAUGUCCAUUACUUAACUUAUGUCCAAUUAGCUAAUUUCACUAGCAUGUGUAGUACACGUGUACAAACGCUCGCGCAGAUGCAGGCAAACGUCGGACGAAAACUUCCAAAAUGUUAUAUUCCAGGUCGAAUAAACUGGUCAAACUUAGUAGAGAAUCAAUCUUCAGGAUGUUGUUAUCAUUUAUAUCCAAUAAGGUUCCAACCGGAGAAUUAUUUUCAGUCUCUAUAAGUAAUGGAACGCAAGACGAUAUAAUGAGGAAAGCGCGUGACCAAGAACUGGCAAUCUGCCAGACCACUGACUCAUUCCCCUCCCGUCCGGUCCCACAACACAGCAUAAGCUUCAUUCCACGUUCUACUGACUGUUGACAUCUAGUGGAAGGCGUAUGAAGUGCAAACAGAUCCAUAUAUUACAGGGAAUUGAAUAGGCGAUGACUUUAACAAUGACCACUCCCAGAAUUUUCACUUCCUGUUUGGAUUUUUUCUCAGGUUUUUGCCUGCCAUAUGAGUUCUGUUAUACUCACAGACAUCAUUCAAACAGUUUUAGAAACUUCAGAGUGUUUUAUAUCCAAUAGUAAUAAUAAUAUGCAUAUAUUAGCAUGUGGGACAGAGUAGGAGGCAGUUCACUAUGGGCACGAAAUUCAUCCAAAAGUGAAAAUGCUGCCCCCUAUAAACAAAGAAGUUAAUGUGCUUAAUUUUAAGAAGUUAUUUGACCACUAUAGUUGGGAUACAAACCUUAUCAAAACAUAUAGGCCUAUGGGCUAAGCUACAUGAGGUGUGCGACUAUGAAAAAGUCGCAAAAAAAGGCUGUUUCUUUUGCUGGGCAUCAUUCACAAGUGAUAACAUAUCAUUCACAAGUGACAGGCUAAUAUUGUCACCCAUCAGACUAUACUUGAUUUAAUAUUGUCUUUACAUAUACUAAAUAAUAUGUGAAACAUUUGCUUUGAUUUAGAAUGGACCAUCAUCAUGCACCUGUAUCAAAACGGGCAGCGGGAAAGAAUACAUGUCAUCUAUGCACUUAAAUAGCGAAUGGAGGACACUUUUCCUCGUGGUUUAUUUUCAUGCCAGUCAGGUAGGUUAUACUCCGGUUGUAAAUAUAGUAUUAGGAAAGUUGAGAGGUAAAUAUAGUAAGCCUAUAGAAAGCUGAAGGGAUCCUCUUUUAAUUAGCGGCCUUCACUUGGUUUUCUCCUGCAAUUGCAUAGCCUAUAGAAAUGUUGCGCAACAUGAGCUCAUGGGCUUUCAUGUAGUGUUUGAUUAGAUUUUUUUUAGAAUAAAUUUGCAUUGAUGUCAGAGUGAUUAGAGAGAGACAAUAGAAUGUGGAGUACUAGGCAGUUAGCAAGUUUGGUAGGCUACUAAUGACCAGCAGCAGCAUCCGAGCUUGGAGAAGCCUAAUUACCGUGACUAAAACGGUCAUGUGGAAUUUGACUGCCUUCAUGACUCGUGGCGGUAAUACGGUCACCGCAACAGCCCUAGGUUCACCUUCCAACUAUUUUAUCCAUUUUAGAAUAAGGCUGUAAUGUCAAAAAAUGUGGAAAAAGUCAAGGGGUCUGAAUACUUUCCGAAUGCACUGUAAUGAUGAAAUAAUCUAUGAGAGGAGCAGUGAACUGCUGAAGGAUUCAUGUUUCUCAUUUUAAGGUACAGGCUAUGCAGACUGCAGAGGUUCUGCCCAUCUUUGAUGACCACUGGAGGCAAGAAAUGACAGGAUGUUCAAAGGUCUCAAUUUACAGUUGCUGAUAACAGUGCUACUGUGUCAUUCAUUCUUUGUAAGGAAGGAUGAGCUAUCGUAAUAUUUUCACUGUCUCUCCCACACUUUACAAUAUGUGUGUUAUCAUUCGAUAUUUUAUUUGUAGUAAUAUGUAAUAAAAUCAACUGAUGCCA